AGGAUUGCACUUCACUAGUUCCGCAAAGGAAGAAAAAAAACAUCCAAUGCAGUCCUUCUUCACAGCCGAUAUCUGACAUCGAUCAGCGGUUCCCCGUAGGGCUGUAACUGGCAUGUUCAGCGGUGUUGGAGCUUAGUAAAGCCUGCAUCACAGCGAGCAGUGACACCGGGUCUGAACGGAGGGUAUGAGCAGGGUGUGGAUGUGCUGAUAGCCUGACAGUGGUAGCUCACCUGUUAGUGUUGCUGAUGGAGAACACCGAGGAGUAUUCGCCCCUCCGGAUCACCCCGACCGUCCGGGCGCUGAGCUCCGCACUGCGGGGGAAACGAGAGGAUGUCCUCGAUGGCAGCCGGGAAAACGGCGACAGGGUCUUCCCUGAGACGGAGAAGCUAUGGUUCAAGGAGAGCAGCGCUAAAAACCUCCGGAACAGGGACUUCUUGUCGCCGACCACGAUGCUCAACACGCUGUAUGCGGACGGGCAGGUCCCUCCAGCAGUGAUGUCCAGGGUCCUGUCCCUGCGUGGCAGUGGGGUUCUCCCUGUGGCAGGUGGGGAGGUAACGGGUGAGGGUCUGAGGGUGAGGGUGGACCGGGCCGCAGCCUUCAAAGCUGUCCUGGCAGAUGCAGCCACAGAGUACCUGAAGCCCUCGGGCCAGAGGCAGGGCUGUGUGGUGCUCAACUGCCCCGCGCUGCACCCUAAACCCAACACACCCACUCCUGACACACUGACCCUGGGCCAGCUGAGGACUGUUCUGCUGGCUGACCACAUGGGGGCACUGCUAAGAAGACAAGGAUUGGCAGUGUCUUACUGCCCCACGCUUCCUGAAGACAGCGACAUCAUCACCUUUCUCCGAGCCCUGGGCAUCGAUUGGCCGACAGCUCCAGCCAACUGGACCAAUGAGGAGCGGGAGGAGAAGAUUCAGGAGGCGCUGGAGAACUCCCCAUACAAAGAGAGGGAAACAGAAAGAGGCAGGAGAACCAGCAGAGGAGGAGGCGGAGGAGGAGGAGGCGGUGGCGGUGGCGGAGGAGGAGGAGGGAGGAAGGCAGAGGAAGGCGAGAAUGAGGGAGGCCUCAGGGUUAACCUGAAACGCGUGUUCCAGGAGGAGGGGCUGCUGGGAUACGACCCCAGCAUCGGUACCUGCACAGUUCACAGAGACAGUGUUUCCCACCUGGCGCAGCUGGACCGAGCCACUGCCGACUGCACAGUAGCCAUGGCAACAGUGUUACAUGUGACUUCCUGUCAGGAUGAGUUCCGCCAGCAGCAGAUAGCAGUGCUGUGGAGAGCCAGUGGAGCGACACACACACAGAGACAUCUGGUGUGUGGGCCGGUGAAGACUCCUGGCUCUCACCUCACCGCUGCACAGUAUCUGCAGCUGAGAAGAGGGCAGAUGAAGGAGGCCUCAGAGAUGAAGUAUGGAGAUCAAGUAGAAGGUCAGACGUGGGAUGACAUCAUCAGGGUCAUGACCUCUGCCACCGUCAGAUUUGAGCUGCUGUCAACGGUCCACACCAGUCCUGUGACACUGGACGUCCAGAGGGAAGGGGGCGUGUCCACCAAAGGGCCGAGAGGAGGAGUGUUUGUGAUGUAUAACUGUGCCAGACUGCACACUCUGUUCGACAGCUACGAGAGAGGGGUGGAGAAGGGUCUCUACCCAGAAAUCCCUGACACCUCCAAGCUGGACUUCUCUGCUCUGAAAGAGGAGGGCGAGUGGCUUCUGCUGUUCAAUUACCUCAUUACAUUCUCCGAGCAGCUGGACCAAUCAGGACAAGCGUUAGACUGUGAAGGGGGAGGAGCCAGAGUCAACAUUAAGACUGAACAGAUCUGUAAAUUCCUCGUGUCUCUCAGCAAAGACUUCAGCUCGUACUACAACAGAGUCCAUGUGCUGGGGGAGCCGCUGCCUCAUCUGUUCAACCAGAUGUUUUGUCGUCUGCAUCUGUUGAGAGCGUUGAGAGAGCUCUACCACAGCGCUCUGGAGACCCUCAACCUCCCCCCCAUCAGGCAACUAUAGCCUGGACAUGAUUCUCUCUUCCUGGGAUCUCUGCUGACCCUACCUCUUCACCUAUCUCACUUAGACACACACUCACAUGUGUUUUGCAACUGUAGCUUCAUCACGUACACACUUCCUUUAGCAAUGAACAUGCAUUCAACUAAGACAAUCCCUUAUUUUGGCAAAGUUACAGCUCAGUCUGUGACAGUCGAGUGUUAUGUUAUACAGGUGCCCACUAUAAGAGAUGAGACAUAUAAAGUACUAAAAUAUGACCCAUAAAUCAUUACAUGUGAUGUAAGUAACCUCUCAAUUGUUCAGCUUGAAUUUCCUGGAGAAUGUGAGGUGUUGGUAUGUUGAAGUAUCAGUUUCACAUUUGAGGUUAUGCUUUGUUUCUUACUGAGAGUUAGAGGAGAUUAUCACCGCUCUAAUGUCUGUACAGUUAAUAUGAAGCUACAGCCAGUUAGCUUAGCUCACGACCGCAAGCAGAGGGACAAUCUCCAAUAUACAAGUUAUAUCUUGUAUUUGUACAAAAGUAUAACAAAAACAUUAUGCGUUUGACAAAUGUAUGACUGGGUAUUUUGCAGGAUGUUAAUGGUCCCAGUCGAUAAAACACAUAACCAUAUUAAAACUAGAAAUGUUGUUUUACACUUUGGUUUUUGAACAUUUUGGACAAGAAUAUAAAAAACAAUGACAAUCAUGUUGUCCAUAUUCACUGUACUUAAGAGAGUUGUAUCAAUCUUAUCCUCUAACCCUCCAUAACAAGGCUAAGUGUAGUUCCAAAAUGUGAAAAUAUACAUUUAAAACAA